AACAUAUAUUUAGUUGCAUUAUUAUAAUUCAACACGUACUAUAUAAAAUAUAAAUUAAAUUAUUGAAAAAGCUUUGUCUCUAAGUAGUGUGAAAAUGAUGGAAAUUGUGGAAGAUGAUAAAUUUGUGGAAACAGUAAGAGGACCUGUACUGCUGGAUCAACUCGGUAUUACAUUAACGCACGAGCAUCUUUUUAGCGAUUUUACCAAUUGUUUUAAGCGAGCUCCGUAUUCGCAUGAGCUUUCGAGAGAUCAUACAAUAAUUACAUUGAAAGGUAGCGGCUAUCUUAAUCUAUAUCCGUAUAGCAAUAUGAAUAAUUUGAAACUUAUUUAUGAGAAAGAAAGAGUUUUUCCAACUGAAUUAUUGGAGUUUAUGGCACUUGAUGGGAAAACAAUUGUGGAAAAUAGCAAUCAUGGUUUGAGAUGUUUUAACAAAUGGCACGAAUACAGAAAUGUGUCCUUAGAAGAGGAAAUUAACAUAAUUAUUGGAACAGGAUAUUAUGUUGCUCAGACGCAAGUUGGAUCAACCUUAAAUAUGUCCAAAAGAAAGUAUGUAUAAUGUUAUGUGUACGGAAUUAGAAGAAGGUAUUGUAUAUCGUGAACAUUAUCUAAGUUCCAAAAUAAAAGCAGGAUUUAUCGGCGA